GUCAAUUUGCAGGAUACAUUUGUGCCCGUUCUCUUCCUCAUAUUGGAGUGUGGACUGACUUCCAACCUGUGCAGGUUGCUCCCUUUAGUAGAAGACCAUCACCAACAUUUUCUAAACCAUCUAUACCAGAGACCACAUGGAAAAUGCUAACUCCCAGAAAAACAGAGAAUAUGAAACUUGGCAAUAAGGGUGCGGGAAAACAUAUGACAAAGAAAGUAUUACAAUAUUUGCAAGGUUUUUUUUUGGCUGGAAACUUAAAAACUGAAGAUCGUUACUCUCCUAAAGAUAUACAUGCUAGUCUAAAAGAUUUGGCUAAGAAUGGAGAACUUGCUUUCAAGGAAGUACCAACAGUAAAAACUAUUAAAGGUUGGAUCGAAAGAUAUAGUGUGAGCUUCAAAAAAGAAGCAUUAGAAAGAGCACUAACUGAAAGUAACAAUAGCAAUAUUCAUACUUCGACAUAUAAUGAGAGUGAUAGGAUUAGCAAAUAUCAAAAAAUGCAAUUAGAAUAUAACUAA